AUGUUGGAGAGAAUAUCUACGGAGGCUGGGAUCUGGAAUUGGAAUGGUCGUAUGAGCGGGGACGGUGUCGUUUCGAUGGAUCACCUCCUCGAGGCGUUGGGGGAGACGAAGGAGGAGAGGGAGGUUCGUAUUCGGAGCCUGUUCAAUUUCUUCGACGCCGCAAGCAACGGUUACUUGGACGUCGCUCAGAUAGAGGCCGGGUUGUCGGCGCUACAGAUUCCGCCGGAGUACAAGUACGCCAGGGAACUCUGCGAGGUUUGCGACGCCAACAGCGAUGGCAGAGUAGAGUACCACGAGUUCCGCCGCUACAUGGACGACAAGGAGUUGGAACUUUACCGCAUCUUCCAAGCCAUUGAUGUUGAACACGACGGCAACAUUCUCCCGGAAGAACUCUAUGAAGCCCUCCUCAAAGCUGGGAUUGAAAUGGAUGACGAGGAGCUGGCUCGCUUUGUGGAGCAUGUUGAUAAGGAUAACAAUGGAAUUAUCACUUUUGAAGAAUGGAGGGAUUUUCUUCUACUUUACCCUCAUGAAGCAACUAUUGAAAAUAUAUACCAUCAUUGGGAGAGGGUGUGCCUUGUUGACAUUGGAGAGCAUGCUGUCAUUCCUGAAGGCAUCAGCAAGCACACGAACCGGAGCAAAUACUUUCUUGCUGGUGGAGUAGCAGGAGGUAUUUCUCGUACAGCAACUGCUCCUCUUGAUCGUCUGAAGGUGGUUUUACAAGUUCAAACUGCAAGUGCUUCUAUCAUGCCAGCAGUAACGAAGAUACUGAAGCAAGAUGGUCUGCUAGGAUUUUUCCGAGGUAAUGGAUUGAAUGUUGUGAAGGUAGCACCAGAAAGUGCCAUCAAAUUUUAUGCUUUUGAAAUGCUGAAAAAUGUAAUUGGAGAGGCGCAAGGCAGCAGCAAGUCAGAUGUUGGUACUGCUGGGAGGCUUUUUGCUGGUGGUAUGGCUGGUGCAGUUGCACAGGCUGCUAUCUAUCCAAUGGACCUCAUUAAAACAAGGUUGCAGACUUGUCCCUCUGAAGGUGGAAAGGUUCCUAAGCUGGGAACACUUACAAUGAAUAUAUGGGUUCAAGAGGGACCUCGAGCUUUCUAUAGAGGGCUUGUUCCAUCUCUGCUUGGCAUGAUUCCCUAUGCAGCCAUUGAUCUCACUGCUUAUGAUACCUUGAAAGAUAUGUCCAAGAAAUAUAUUCUUCAGGAUAGGGAACCUGGUUCUCUAGUACAAUUAGGAUGUGGGACAAUUUCUGGAGCUGUUGGAGCUACUUGUGUCUAUCCACUGCAGGUUAUUCGAACAAGACUGCAGGCACAACCUUCCAACACUUCCGAUGCUUACAAGGGGAUGUUUGAUGCCUUUCGGAGAACUUUCCAGCUUGAAGGCUUUGUAGGUUUCUAUAAGGGUCUCUUUCCGAAUCUCCUCAAAGUUGUGCCGGCUGCAAGCAUUACUUACGUGGUCUAUGAAAGUAUGAAGAAGAAUCUAGAUCUGGAUUAG